AUGCUGUGUGGACCGGGCAGCACGGGUAUGCGUGUGGCCACUGCCCUGGGAGUGCUGUGGUUCUGCCUCACAGGUGCCGCAGUGGAAGUCCGGAUCCCUGAAGACCCCGUGGUGGCCCUCGUGGGCACUGACGCCACCCUGCGCUGCUCCUUCUCGCCCGAGCCCGGCUUCAGCCUGGCACAGCUCAACCUCAUCUGGCAGCUGACAGACACCAAACAGCUGGUGCACAGCUUCGCCUGGGGCCGCGACCAGGGCAGCGCCUAUGCCAAUCGCACUGCGCUCUUCCCAGACCAGCUGGCUCAGGGCAACGCGUCCCUGAGGCUGCAGCGCGUGCGCGUGGCUGAUGAGGGCAGCUUCACCUGCUUUCUGAACAUCCGGGACUUUGGCAGCGGCAGCGCCGCGGUCAGCCUGCAGGUGGCAGCCCCCUACUCAAAGCCCAGCCUGACCCUGGAUCCCUACAAGGACCUGCGGCCCGGGGACACGGUGACCAUCACGUGCACCAGCUACCGGGGCUACCCCGAGGCCGAAGUGUUCUGGCAGGAUGGGCAGGGUGCGCCCUUGACCGGCAACGUAACCACGUCGCAGACGGCUAACGAGCAGGGCUUGUUCGACGUGCGCAGUGUUCUGAGGGUGGUGUUGGGCGCUAAUGGCAUGUACAGCUGCCUGGUGCGCAACCCCGUGCUGCAGCAGGACGCUCAUGGCUCUGUCACCAUUACACCGCAUAGAAACCCCACAGGCGCUGUGGAAGUCCAGGUUCCCGAAGACCCCGUGGUGGCCCUCGUGGGCACUGACGCCACCCUGCGCUGCUCCUUCUCGCCCGAGCCCGGCUUCAGCCUGGCACAGCUCAACCUCAUCUGGCAGCUGACAGACACCAAACAGCUGGUGCACAGCUUCGCCGAGGGCCGCGACCAGGGCAGCGCCUAUGCCAAUCGCACUGCGCUCUUCCCAGACCUGCUGGCUCAGGGCAACGCGUCCCUGAGGCUGCAGCGCGUGCGCGUGGCUGAUGAGGGCAGCUUCACCUGCUUCGUGAGCAUCCGGGACUUCGGCAGCGCCGCGGUCAACCUGCAGGUGGCAGCCCCCUACUCAAAGCCCAGCAUGACCCUGGAUCCCAACAAGGACCUGCGGCCCGGGGACACGGUUACCAUCACGUGCUCCAGCUACCGGGGCUACCCCGAGGCCGAAGUGUUCUGGCAGGAUGGGCAGGGUGCGCCCUUGACCGGCAACGUAACCACGUCGCAGAUGGCUAACGAGCAGGGCUUGUUCGACGUGCGCAGUGUUCUGAGGGUGGUGUUGGGCGCUAAUGGCACCUACAGCUGCCUGGUGCGCAACCCCGUGCUGCAGCAGGACGCUCAUGGCUCUGUCACCAUCACAGGGCAGCCCAUGACAUUCCCCCCUGAGGCCUUGUGGGUGACCGUGGGGCUCUCUGUCUGCCUCGUCGCACUGUUGGUGGCCCUGGCCUUCGUGUGCUGGAGAAAGAUCAAACAGAGCUGUGAGGAGGAGAAUGCAGGCGCUGAGGACCAGGAUGGGGAUGUAGAAGGAUCUAAGACGGCCCUGCGGCCUCUGAAACACUCUGAAAGCAAAGAAGAUGAUGGACCAGAAAUAGCCUGA